UGGCUGUGCUUCGCCUUUCUCUCCCUCUCGCUGUGCUAGGCCGCCAUCUUGAAUUUUAAUGUUAAUUUCUAAAAAAAAUGUGUUUCCUGUGAUAUUUGGGUGGAAGGUGUGGAGCCGAGCCUGGAGCCUGUGAAGGAGAGGACUUUCUUUAACCGUGUGAGCUUCUCGAACAGCAGCGUGAGUAUCUGUGAUUGUUCCGCGGGUCGUCUUUGAUCGUUGACCGUCUCAGCGCGUGAGGAAGCUCGAGCUCAGCGUCCCUGCUCUUCACCUGCGAGCUGUCCGAGGAAAUAACACCCCUUUAAAGUCCCCUUUAAACCCCCCGAGGGCCCCUCUAACCCCGGGGACCACACAUGAAGACAGCAACACCACAAACAACCCUCUAACUCACGGUUUAUACAGCUAGCCUGUUCAGCUAGCUAAUGGCUUCCACAUCAAACAACACAAGCUAACGUUAGCCGUUAGCCUGCGCGAGCUGCUCCAGGUCUGCAGGUUUCAAACUCUACAUCCCAGUCUUCCACACUCGAGAGUGUUUCUUCAUCUCAGAGACUAAAUGCAACUGGACCAGGGGGCUUGUGGGCAUGAAGUGGCUGGGCGAAUCCAAGAACAUGGUAUUAAAUGGCAGACGACACGGAAACAAGUUGACCAGCGAGCAGCCUGUGAGCCAGAACCAGACCCGCUCUCAGCAUCCACAGAGAGCGUCACUGCGCCACAACCGAAACAGAAACCGAAGAUGUAGCCGCAGGUUCAGUGCAGCCAGUCUGGAAGCGGAGCGGCGCUACGUGCCCUCCUCAGGAAUGACUGCCAAGGAGCUGUGUGAGAACGAUGACCUGACCACCAGUCUCAUCCUGGAUCCAUACCUCGGCUUUCAGACUCACAAGAUGAACACCAGAUUUCGACCAGUGAAGGGACGACAAGAGGAGCUGAAGGAGGUCAUCGAGCACUUCAAGAAACACGACAACUUGGAAAAAGCUUUCAGAGCUCUGACGACCGGAGACUGGGCCCGAAAUCUGUUCCUCCACAAGACAAAGGCUCAAGAGAAGCUCUUCAAACAGCAUGUGUUCGUGUAUCUGCGGAUGUUUGCCACAGACAGUGGGUUCGAGAUUCUCCCGUGCAAUCGCUAUUCAUCCGAGCAAAACGGAGCCAAAAUCGUGGCAACGAAAGAAUGGAAGAGAAACGACAAGAUCGAGUACCUGGUCGGCUGCAUCGCCGAGCUUUCAGAGAGCGAGGAGAACAUGCUGCUGCGGCACGGCGAGAACGACUUCAGCGUCAUGUAUUCAACACGCAAGAACUGUGCUCAGCUGUGGCUGGGACCGGCUGCGUUCAUCAAUCACGAUUGUCGGCCAAACUGCAAGUUUGUUUCCACAGGGCGGGACACGGCCUGUGUGAAGGUCCUGAGGGACAUCGAGCCAGGAGAGGAAAUCUCCUGUUACUAUGGAGAUGGAUUUUUUGGGGAAAAUAAUGAAUUUUGUGAAUGCUACACAUGUGAACGACGGGGCACCGGGGCUUUCAAAUCCAAAGCUGGGCUGCCGGUGGAAGUGCCGGUGAUCAACAGCAAGUACGGGUUACGAGAGACGGACAAACGUCUCAACAGGCUGAAGAAGCUCGGGGAGGGAAACCCGAGCUCGGACAGCCUCUCUGUCGGCUCCCACACGGACGUAGACUCUCAGGAAAUGCCAAAAACACAUCAGUCUGCCAGAAAAAGACCCACAUCUUCAUCAUCAUCCUCCUCCUCUGGCCUGAAGUAUAAAAACAGGACUCAAUCCAGACAGACUUUGUCCAGAGCCCUAUCUACCUCAUGUUCGAAACAAGGUCGAGUUCACAAUAACAGGGUACCAAAGAGACUAAAAUCCCAAUCCAAGCCUUCACUAAGUAAAGUUCAGUUGCGGAGUCGCAGGCGGGGGGCGGAGCCUAAGGCAUUGGCCAAAGGGGAGACUCUUCAGCUGGGUCUCAGGGACUCGAAGGUGUCGCUGUGUAAAAGUGUCACAGUGAAGAAGGAGAGGGACGGACAGGAGCUGGUGCAGCGGGGCUGUCUCACCCGACACGCCGCCAAGGAAAACGGAAAUCUGUCGCACGUGCAGAGCAGCGAGGGCAGCCGGUGCUCCACCUACAGAACUCGCAGGUCCACCAGGACCCUCAUAAAGGCCCAGGAAACAGCAGGGGGUGUUAAACUAGAGCCCAGUGCCAUGGACGGCCUGAGCCCGGUUCCUGGUGGAGUGGUGAUAAAAACAGAGCCAGCUGACAUGGAGGAGUAUCUCCGCCAUGGAGUCACACUGGAGACGCCGGCGUUAGACUCUGGUUACGGCAGGAGAGGCUCUUGCAGGCAGAAACGCCUGACGCGGGUCGGGGCCGAGAGGACGAUUAAAUGCGAGGACUCGUACAGCGAGCCGUUCAUGCCGAUGGCUGCUGCUCACACGGCGAACUUCUCAGACAGCGGGAACAUGCUGCUGAACUUCGCCGACAGACACAGGGACUACAACGGGGUCGCCAAAGGCAGCAAAUCCCUCCACAGGGACAAAGGUAAGAGCAGCUGCAGGUCGCAGGACAAAGUGAAGAAGAAGCGCCGGAUCACUCGCUACGAUGCUCAGCUCAUCCUGGAGAACAACACGGGAAUCCCCAAACUGACGCUCCGCCGGCGGAGAGACAGCAGCAGCAGCAAGACCAACGACGUCAGCGACCCCAUCGGCUCCUCCAACCUCUCUGCCUCCGCCGUCAACUCGGCCUCUUCCAGCAAAAUCAGCAUCAAGUUCAGCAAGGACCACGACAAGGACAAAGGCAGCUCGUAUAUCGCCAAGCUGAACAACGGCUUCUCCCCCGUGCACAGCAACUCCACCAAGCUGAAGAUCCAGCUGAAGAGGGAGGACGACGCACGCAGGAUACCCCAGACUAACGGGGACAUGAGUCAGAGUCUGGAGGGCAGGAACGGGGGACAUCGGACCCAGAAGGUCCUGCCCGACCCUUCGUCUGACGAGGAGGACGACGACGAUGAGGAAGGGGAGGAGGAGGAGGAGGAGGAGGAGGAGGACGACGACGAUGAUGACGACGACGACGAUGAUGAUGAUGAUGAUGACUACUUUGACAAUGAGUUUGACGAUGAUUUCAUUCCACUUCCUCCAGCGAAGCGUCUCCGACUCAUCGUGGGCAAAGACUCGAUAGACAUCGAUAUCUCCUCCAGGAGGAGAGAGGAUCAGUCUCUGAGGCUCAAUGCAUAAGCUGUGGAGCUCAUCACUCCAGCUCUCUGUAAAUAAAGAUGACUCUGAUCAACGCUGCGUUGAUGUAAAAGAAGUACAGUAAUUUAAAAACACAACAAAUUGCUGAAAAUGAAAGACCUGAAUGAACGUUACUAGAAGGAGCUGUGCACCUGAAACAAACCUGUUCUCACUCAAGGGUUCUAAAAGUUCACAGGUGGAGCCGACUCUUCAGUCUGAGGUCUCUGCAGGUAAACAGUAAGAGCUCAUGCGAUUGGACGAUGGAGAGAACAGGACUUUGUUUCAGGUGGACUCUCCCUCUCAGUGAAUGCACUUGUUAUAUUCAUAAUGGACAUGGAUAUUGUAGAAAGUGUACAGUAUGGUGACUAUCCCCUCUGUCUCAUAGGCAGGUUUUUAUUGAACUGUUGAUUUUUUGUCUCAUAGUUUGUAAUUUUAGUGUUCUGACCCACGCUGAGCACGGUGUGGUGUGGUUGGUCCAGAGGCAUUAUAAGAACGAUCAGUCGGUUCGUUUGGACCGGUGCCAUGUUCUCAUUACGCAGCCGUCUCCUGCCGAAGAGCAGCUUCACUCAUUAAAUGUCAACUUAAUUUACUGUGUAAGUUAAUCAUGUGUUUGUAGACUUCCUGUUUCAAUCUGUGCUAUCAUGUUUUCCACUCGAGCAGGAUUUACAGUUUGUGUGUUUAAUGGAUUUAACAUGCACCAGAAUCCCACCACACAGAUCUCACAUAAAGAAAUGAAACUCAGCCGUCUGACUGAAGUGUUUGCUGCAUGUGGAGCUGCUGCAUGUGGAGCUGCUGCCAGCGGUCUGCUGCCAGCGGACCGCUUUGCUGGCAGCGGAGCGGUUGGCUGCCAGCAGAGCGGUCUGCUGCCAGCGGAGCGGUCUGCUGCCAGCAGUCUGCUAUCAGCGGUCUGCUGCCAGCGGUCUGCUGCCAGCGGACCGCUUUGCUGCCAGCGGAGCGGUCUGCAGCAAACGGUCUGCUGUCAGCGGAGCGGUCUGCUGCUAGCGGUCUGCUAUCAGCGGUCUGCUGCCAGCGGUCUGCUGCCAGCGGACCGCUUUGCUGUCAGCGGAGCGGUCUGCUGCUAGCGGUCUGCUAUCAGCGGUCUGCUGCCAGCGGACUGCUUUGCUGCCAGCGGAGCGGUCUGCUGCCAGCGGAGCGGUCUGCUGCCAGCGAAGCGGUCUGCUGUCAGCGGUCUGCUGCAGACAGAUGGUCUGCUGCCAGCGGUCUGCUGCCAGCGGAGCGGUCUGCUGCAAACGGAGCGGUCUUCCGUCAGGGGUCUGCUGCCAGCGGAGCGGUCUGCUGUCAGGGGUCGGCUGCCGGCGGUCGGCUGCGAGCGGUCGGCUGCGAGCGGUCUGCUGGGAGCGGACGGCUGCGAGCGGCCGGCUGCGAGCGGCCGGCUGCGAGCGGCCGGCUGCGAGCGGCCGGCUGCGAGCGGUCGGCUGCGAGCGGUCGGCUGCGUUCACACACUCACAGAGGCAGACUCGUGGAUUCUGCAGCGUGGACACAGUUUCCUCACAGCACUGUAAAUAGAUCCAGCUGCAGGACUCCACUAAAUAAAGCACACAGUUUUAUAACAGAGAGGACGGAGGAGAAGUGGACCAGUGUUUUUAUCAAAGGAGAUCUGUAUAAUGGAAACAUGGCACACAUGGAGAUCCAACCAAACCCCUCCAUAAAGGCGACCUGUCUGCGUUAACAUCAGAGUAAUGUACAGAAAGACUGGCCCCGCCCCCCCCGCCCCGCCGCUUCAUCACACUCAUAUUUAAUUUAAAUGAUAUGAACUUUGGAGUCGUGUAACAAGAGCUCAUCAACACUAGAGUUUAUUAAGGAACCACAGUCUGAUAUACUCUCACAGGCUUAAAUUAUGUCUUCUUUUCUGUACGGUGCUAAUGUCCUUCCUCACUUCCUGUUUGAGUUCUCGUGUCUGUCUUUAGAAGAUGGCGGCAUUAACUACAACACUUCAGAUACACCUGUAGCAUACUCGUUUUUAUUUGUGUUCUCUGUACAGGUGCUCACACUUUGUUGCAUAAAUUAAAGAUGUUUUGUCUUUCA